GCUUCGCAAGCGGUUCCUGUUCCUGGAAAGGAACAAGAAGAGGCUGUUGCAUUGGAGGCUGGGGUUGCCACAUUCUGCCCGAGCAAGCAGAAAGAAGAAGCUUCUCCGACUCUUCUACAUGGCAGGGAAUUUUUGGCAGAGCUCGCACUACUUACAAUGGAUUUUGGAUAAACAAGAUCUGUUGAAAGAACGGCAAAAGGACUUAAAAUUUUUGACAGAAGAUGAAUAUUGGAAGCUUCAAAUAUUUUUUACAAAUGUUAUCCAGGCCUUAGGUGAACAUCUGAAACUAAGACAACAAGUUAUUGCCACAGCUACCGUCUACUUUAAGAGAUUCUAUGCCAGAUACUCCCUAAAGAGUAUAGAUCCAGUAUUGAUGGCUCCCACUUGUGUGUUUUUGGCAUCCAAAGUAGAGGAAUUUGGCGUGGUCUCAAACACAAGGUUGAUAUCUGCUGCUACUUCUGUAUUGAAAACUAGGUUUUCGUAUGCCUUUCCAAAGGAAUUUCCUUAUAGGAUGAAUCAUAUACUAGAAUGUGAAUUCUAUCUUUUAGAAUUAAUGGACUGCUGUUUGAUAGUGUAUCAUCCCUACCGACCUCUUCUCCAAUAUGUGCAGGAUAUGGGCCAUGAAGAUGUGCUGCUUCCCCUCUCAUGGAGGAUAGUGAAUGACACAUAUAGAACUGAUCUUUGUCUGCUGUACCCUCCUUUCAUGAUAGCUCUAGCUUGUCUACAUGUGGCUUGUGUUGUCCAACAGAUGGAUGCUAGACAAUGGUUUGCGGAGCUCUCUGUUGAUAUGGAGAAGAUUUUAGAAAUUAUCAGGGUUAUCUUGAAGCUGUAUGAACAGUGGAAAAACUUUGAUGAAAGGAAAGAAAUGGCUACUAUUCUAAGUAAGAUGCCUAAACCAAAACCACCUCCAAACAGUGAAGGAGACCAAGGUCCAAAUGGAAGUCAGAAUUCUAGCUACAGCCAGUCUUAAGAUAUUCCAAAGACAUUCACUGUGGACCACUUUGGAUUAAAGACACAUUGGGAUCUUUUCCUGUGUGGAAGACAUGGACAGAAGGUUUCAAUAGUGUGUUUUCAGAAUGAACUUGAAGAAUGUUCCUGUCAAACAUACUGAAAAUAUUUCCUUUGAUACACACCCACUGGAAUUGUGGCACAAAUACACUUAACAAAAUUCUUAGUCUCCAAACAACUCAAAGCUUUGAAAAAAACUAGAAAAACAACACAAUUCACUUAAGAAUGGACAGAGUUCAGUACUUGUUCUAUGGGGAUAAAAGAUGAAGAAUUCAAGAAAAUGUGCAAAUGAAAAGCUGGGCGAGUGUCACCGUGUUUACUGCUUUCAUGCUACUAUAAACACAGAAUACAGCCUGAAAUACAUUUGAAAUCUUAAUUUAAUAGGUAUAUAAAUCCUAGUGGAUAUUGUACCAGAUGCAGAAUGCAUUUUUUUCCAAGGAGGUGGCACGCAGUAAUUUCUUCUUCAAGAAAAUCCUUGGAAAAAGACCUUAACGUUUAAGAAAGGUAUCAUGCAUUCCUCUUUUGAAUUUAAGAAAGGUGCUCUUAGUACCUAUACUUUUUGCUAGUGGGACUUAAAGUCUGGCAUACCCAAAAAGUGCAAUAUAUAUAAACGAAAUGGUGGCUGGCCUAUGGAAGAACAUUUCAACCUUUUUCUAAUGCUUAAGUCCUUGGACAAACAAAGUCAAAUCUUGCAAUUCAAUCAAAUUAUGAAAGAAGACUGAAAUCCUGAGAUCUUACUGGUUUCUGUAUAAUGUGCUAGAAGUUGAUGUGUCUUCAUUGUUACUCUGAUGUGCAACAGAGGCUUCUUUUGAAGGCAGCGGGUAUUCAUUUGAGACUCUAGAUCCAACUCCACAGAACAAUAUUUAUUAAAAGUUAUUGCGUGACGAAUCCAACCAGAUAUUUUCUUUUUAAUCAGAGGUCCAUAUCCUGUGAUCCUUACUCAGGCAAACAUCCCACUACAGACAGGAUUUGGUCCAGAGCCCUUGAAUUUGAGUGACUGUGCAUUUCAUAAUGAAAUAAGUGUGUUUGAUUUUAUCCUAAGACAAAGUCAAAUAAAGAUCAUUAUUACUGGAUUUGUCUAAAGUCGUUUUUCUACUCAGAGGGUGUUGAAACAUGGUAUACAGACAUGAAAACAAAGGAACGUAGCUUUGAAAAGCCUUGUCAUAUGGUGCUUGUUCUAAAACUUGAUUAAAAAGGCAGGGAUGUCUGCCACUACUUGACCUGUCAUUCAAUUAAGUGUAACCAAAGUGUUUUUGUAUGCAAAUGCUUGGAUUCUUUGCACUUAACUGUUGAAGUUAUUUUUAUAAAGUGUGUUUGGAUACUGACUAUUACAAACCACUUCUGUGAGAAGUGAUGUGUUCUGGCUAUUUCAUACUUCCCUUUAUUCUGUUGAUUCCUAUGAUCUUGUUCCACAUCCUUGCUGACAUAAUUAGUUGGAAAAAACCUGGUCCUUCCAGUAUAUGAAAUUACUUUUGUUCCCUUGAGGGUUUAAACUUUAUUUGUAAUAUGACUAGCUGGGUAGAAAUAAAAGAAAAUGCAAAUUGA